GGGACAAGGGGAGGGAUGAGGCACCCAACACUUGUCGGGAAUGCGGGAAGAGCUUCCGUCAACGCUCGGCGUUGGUGAACCACCAUCGCAUACACACGGGGGAACGCCCCUUCGGCUGUCAGGAUUGCGGCCGCCGAUUCAACCGCCGCUCCAACCUCACCACCCACCGCCGCAUCCACACCGGUGAGACGCCCUUCGAGUGUCCCGACUGCGGGAAGAGUUACCACGACA